GGUAACUUUCCUAACAGAGCCAAAGAGGCGCUCGGAGUCCCCCGCAGCAGCAUCGCCCGCCCGUCCUGGGCAGCGGCACCGGCGCGGUGUCCCCGUGCGAGCGGCCCCGGCUCUGCCGAGGCUGCCCGGGCUCCGCUCGCCGCCUCCCCCCGCCGCCUCUCGCCGCAGCCCCGAGGAGCCGGCCCCGGGUCCCGCCGAGGGCCGAGUGACUUCCCAGGAGCUUUCUCCCACUCUCCUGCUGAUGAGCCCUGUCUCCAUGUGCUGGGGAUCUGUAAAAACAGGACCCACUGGGAGUUUUUAGCACUUUAAGGUACAACAAUGGUGGCACAUGUACUGUUCCAGUGGAUUCUGAGAGGGCUUAUUCUGGCUUUUCUGCUCCAAACUACUCUGUCCCUAAAUCCAGAUGAUCCAAAUGUUUGUAGUCACUGGGAAAGCUACGCCGUGACCGUGCAGGAAUCCUACGCUCACCCCUUCGACCAGAUCUACUACACACGAUGCACAGACAUCCUCAACUGGUUCAAGUGCACCAGGCACAGGAUCAGCUACAAGACCGCCUAUCGCAGGGGGCUGCGCACGAUGUACCGGCGACGCUCGCAGUGCUGCCCCGGCUACUACGAGAGCGGGGACUACUGCAUCCCCCUGUGCACAGAGGAGUGUGUGCAUGGAAGAUGUGUCUCUCCUGACACGUGUCACUGUGAACCAGGCUGGGGAGGGACUGAUUGCUCAAGUGAUUUGGCCACCUCUGAUGGGCUGGAGGAGUCCAGCACCUCUUCAGCAGAGACUGGUGGGAACAGCAACUACAACAGCUGUGACAGCGAGCACUGGGGGCCGCACUGCAGCAACCGCUGCCAGUGCCAGAACGAAGCGCUCUGCAACCCCAUCACGGGCGCCUGCGUGUGCGCCGACGGCUUCCGCGGCUGGCGCUGCGAGGAGCUCUGCGAGCCGGGCACCUACGGCAAGGGCUGCCACUUCCAGUGCCAGUGUCACCACGGCGCCACCUGCGACCACCAGACCGGCGAGUGCCACUGCGCGCCCGGAUACACCGGCGUGUUCUGUGAGGAGCUGUGUCCCCCCGGCAGCCACGGAGCCCAGUGCGAGCUGCGCUGCCCGUGCCAGAACGGGGGCGUUUGUCACCACAUCACUGGGGAGUGCUCCUGUCCUGCUGGAUGGAUGGGGCUUGUGUGUGCACAGCCGUGUCCUCCUGGAACCUUUGGAAUUAACUGCAGCCAGGACUGUCCGUGCCACAACGGAGGACACUGUGACCCCGUGACAGGAAAAUGCCUGUGUACAGCUGGCUACAUAGGAGACAGGUGUCAGGAGGAGUGUCCCAUCGGCACCUACGGCGUGCAGUGCGCGCACGCCUGCGACUGCCGGAACGGCGCCACGUGCUACCACAUCAACGGCGCCUGCAUCUGUGAGCCCGGCUUCAGAGGCACCCACUGCCAGGAGAGGAUGUGUCCCGAGGGCUUCUACGGCCUCAAAUGCAACAGGAGGUGCCCUUGCAACAUCACCAACACCCUCAGCUGCCAUCCUCUGUCUGGGGAGUGCAGCUGCAGGGCUGGCUGGGCUGGGCUCUACUGCAACGAGACCUGUCCCGUGGGCUACUACGGCGAGGGCUGCCAGGUGCCCUGUCCCUGCCACAACGGGGCCGACUGUGACAGCAUCACCGGGACCUGCAUCUGCGCCCCCGGCUUCAUGGGAGAUGACUGCACCAUUCCCUGCAUGGCAGGAACCUACGGAACCAAUUGCUCCUCGGUCUGUAACUGCAAGAACAAUGGCACCUGUUCUCCUGUGGAUGGGCUGUGCUACUGCAAAGAAGGGUGGCAAGGAGUGGAUUGCUCCAUCCCCUGUUCCAGUGGCAGCUGGGGUCUGAACUGUAACCAGACGUGUUCCUGCAGCAACGGAGCGUCCUGCAGGCCGGCCGACGGCUCCUGCCUCUGCUCCCCGGGCUGGCAGGGGGAGCUCUGUGACCAGCCCUGUCCUGAUGGAACAUAUGGCCUUAAUUGCAGUGAGCGCUGUGACUGUAACCACGCGGAUGGGUGUGAUCCUGUCACCGGGUACUGCUGCUGCCUUGCAGGCUGGACAGGCAUCCACUGUGACAACAUCUGCAGCCAGGGCCGCUGGGGACCCAACUGCUCCAUCUCGUGCAGCUGUGAGAACGGGGGCUCCUGCUCUCCCGAGGAUGGAUCCUGUGACUGUGCACCCGGGUACAGGGGACCCCUGUGCCAGAGAAUCUGCCCCCCUGGGUUUUACGGCCACCACUGCAGCCAGCCGUGUCCCCAGUGCGUGCACAGCACCGGGCCCUGCCACCACGUGUCCGGACACUGCGACUGCCUGCCCGGCUUCUCGGGGCCUCUCUGCAACCAAGUGUGUCCCAGCGGGAAAUUCGGGAAGGACUGCGCCGAGCUGUGCCAGUGCACCGAGAACGGCACCUGCAACCCCAUCGACGGCUCGUGCCAGUGCUUCCCGGGCUGGAUAGGCACCGACUGCUCCCAGACUUGUCCCACGGGGUUUUGGGGCCCUGAUUGCUUUCAUUCAUGCAACUGCCACAACGGAGCACUGUGCAGCCCCUACGAUGGAGAAUGCAGAUGCACCCAUGGCUGGACGGGGCUCUACUGCACUCAGCGUUGCCCAGCUGCUUUUUAUGGGAAGAACUGUGCCAAUGUGUGCCAGUGCCAGAACGGAGCCGACUGCGACCACAUCACCGGGCAGUGCACGUGCAGGACGGGCUUCACAGGCAAGCAGUGCGAGCAGAAGUGCUCUCCAGGAACAUUUGGUUAUGGUUGCAAACAGUUGUGUGAGUGCAUGAACAAUGCAACGUGUGACCACGUCACAGGCACUUGCUACUGCAGCCCAGGCUUCAAAGGAAUCCGGUGUGAUCAAGCGGCUCUUAUGAUGGAAGAAUUAAACCCCUAUACUAAAAUUAGCCCUGCUCUUGGAUCAGAGAGGCACUCAGUGGGAGCAAUCAUUGGAAUUAUUAUUCUCCUUCUAAUUAUUAUGGUCUUGCUGGCACUCUUUGUGUGGUAUCGACGGAAACAGAAGGAGAAGGGCCAUGACAUGCCAAGUGUAUCUUACACUCCAGCCAUGAGGAUGACUAAUACAGAUUACUCACUUUCUGAUAUAUCCCAGGGUAGCAGCAGUGUUCAUUGUUUUUCCAAUCCAAGCUACCACACUCUCUCAUGUGGGGUGACUUCACGCUUCUUUCCCAGUAAUCUGGAUGGAAACAGCUCCUGUAAGCUCAGUAACAAAAUCCUUGACAGAGAAACUGCAGACUGGAGACCCUACAGCUAUCUGAAUGAACUAGGUGCUUGUGGGAUGGAUAGACGUCAGAACACAUACAUAAUGGAAAAAAGCUUCAAAGAUUAUAUGAAAGAAUCCGUGUGCAGCUCCAGCACUUGUUCCCUGAACAGCAGUGAAAACCCCUACGCCACCAUUAAAGACCCCCCCAUUUUAACCUGCAAACACUCCGAGAGCAGCUACGUGGAAAUGAAAUCACCUGGUCACAGGGAGUCCCCGUAUUCCGACAUGCCAACUUCAUCAACAGCCAACAAAAACAUCUACGAAGUUGAGCCCACGGUCAGCAUCGUCCAGGACGCGCGCGGCCGCAGCGCCAGCUACCUGCAGAGCCCCUACGACCUGCCCAGGAACAGCCACAUCCCCGGCCACUACGACCUGCUGCCCGUGCGGCACAGCCCCACGCACGCGCCCGCCUGGGACAAGCAGUCCUAGAGGGACGGACCUGGCUGGGCGCUGUGCUGCCAGCACACACGGGGAGGAAGCACAGGAGGAGCCGCUCCUUCCUUUCCUGCGGACUGGCGCGGACCUAACUUGACAUCAGCUUGGGCCAACUGCUGCUGCAUGAUGUUAUUUAUAAAGACAUUUUUGUAUGGGUACCUGGAACUAACGAGAGCCUCCUCCACGUGGGACUGGAGCGCAUCACCCCAGCAAGGUGUCUUCAUGCUCCAGGCAAAAACUCUCUGUGGCGUGUUCUAACCCUGGCUUUGCUGUAAAAUAAACCACAAAAACAAGCUUAGCAGGACUUCAGGAUGAACAUUUCUACUGACUGCAUCAAGAACCCUUUUACUGCUAGGAACAAGGUGACUAGGAAUACGCUGGAGUUUAUUUUCAUCUUUGUCAUGGGAAUGGACAUUUUUCUGAACGACAGCAGGGAAACUUGUCAUUUCACUGUCUGGAAAGCUCAUUUACUGCCAUCACCAUGUGCAACCUGUGCAGAUCAUGCUUGGUAAUUAUCUCUGAGAUUGUCAUCUCUAUAUUCAGUACCAGAGAAUUUGAGUUGAGGAAUAUUAAUACAGACACUUUCUGUGCAGUUUUUAGUAUCUUUCCAAACAUCCCCUGAUCUUUGCUAACGAAUGGAGCUCCCACAAUGAGUCUCACACCCAUCUUACCACACUUUUAAUGCUGAUUGGUACAGGUAGGGUUUGAUUUUCCUUAUGCAGCUUCCCAUUUGAUAGCUAAAUCCAGCAGUUUAAACUGCUGCCCCUCCAGUUCCUGCCUCGGGAUGCUGCAGGUUUGCACAGACCAGCCCUGGUUUCAUUUCCUUUCCACAUGGGCUCCUCUCUCCCAUCUUCCCAAACCAUCUUCUCAUGAUUUGCUGUCAGCAUGUCACUGAUGACACCUCUUAAUCUGAUGUGCAUUACCAUGUAGUGCAACUUUAUCCAUUGAUGAUUCUACCUGAAAUGUCAUUAAAUGGAGCUGAAACUGGGUUUUCUUUUUCAGCAGCUGUUUGUGAAGUAAUUAUCAAGGAUCUGAAAAAUUUUGGACUGAGCCACCAUGAUUUUUUUUUUAAUUUAUAAUCUCUAUUGACCUAGAAAGUAGAGUACUUGCCGUUAGUUCCUUGUAGAUUUUGAGCAUGAAGUAGUAUUGACUCUAAGUAUGUAAUUUAAUUAGGCAAACGUGGAAGUAGCAAGUUGAUUGCCUUUUAAAUAUAAAAAAUACUCUGUUGCACAUUCGGCAGUCUGAUGGAAGCAGCAGAGGACGACGCCAGCCCCGUGGGUUUGCUCCCAGCACCAUCCCAGGUGUGACCUGGACAGGCAAGAGGAGCCCUCCAGCUCAGGGCAGCAGCUGGAUCCCAGCUCCGGGAAUGCUCCUGGAUCCGUGGAGCGCCGUGCUGGGGCCCAGCCCUCAGCCCUGGGGUCACAGCCCUGGCCCUGGGCACUCUGCCCUGGGAGCUUUCCCAUGGAGCCAGCACUGCCCAGAGCUCAGGCUGGCUCUGAACCCCAGUGUGGAUGGACCUGGACACCCCCAGGCUCCAGGACCUGCCCACGGGGUUUCCCCAGUGCUGCAUGUGUGCAUGGGGCCGUGGCUGAGCAGCAAUAGCAAUUCUGUUUUCCAGGAAAGCCUUAUUUGAGACGUAAGGAAACAAUUAUUUUGUAGGCCCAGUAGGAAUAUAUUUUAUGUACAUGAAUGGAAAGACUUACCUCAAAAAUAUCAAGAGCAAGGCGUUGGAUAAGGAAUACUCUCGUUGAGACCCACCUUGGCACCCAGCACAAGCAGCCUGAGCUGCUGGCCUGACCCACGUUGGUUGUUGCUGUAGUUUGCAAUGAGACUCCAGAGAGCAGAGAUGUGCUCAGCUGUUUGGUUUUUUUCAAAGCAGGAUUUUGAAACCAAAUGCAAUGAUGUGCAUAGAGCAUAACAGGAAAAAAAACCCAACAAAACCAACAAAAAAAAGUACCUUCUUGUAUAUCAGCGUUAGCUUAGGAAACAGGCACCAAAAUGGCAAUACUUUUUUAAGGCAAGACAGAUUUGUAAUAUAUUUGUUCACUGUGCAAAGGUAUCCUACCUUGUACAAAAUAAAUUGAGUUUCUCUCAG